AUGCCUCCCAAGAAGACCGAGAAGGGCGGUGGUGGCGGCAAGAAGCCGUCCGCCACCAAGCUUGCCGAGGAUCGAACCUUUGGCAUGAAGAACAAGAAGGGAGCUGUUGCUCAGAAACAGAUUGCGCAGAUGGCGGCCAAUCUCAAGGCCGGUGGUACCGCCGAGGAGAAGAAGAAGGCCGCCGACAAGGCCGCCCGCGAGCGCGAGAAGAAGGCCGCCGAGGACGCCAGGAGGGAGGCAGCUGCGCUCUUGAACAGGCCGGCUCAGAUCCAAAAAGUCCCCUUCGGCGUCGACCCCAAGACUGUCGUGUGUAUUUUCUACAAAAAGGGCGACUGCGAGAAGGGAAAGAAGUGCAAGUUCUCGCACGACCUGUCCAUCGAGCGCAAGACGGAGAAGAAGAACCUGUACUCGGACACGAGGGAAGAGGGGGAAGAGGACAAGAAGAAGCAGGAGACGUCGGCCGAGUGGGACGAAGAGCAGCUUCGCAAGGUGGUCCUAUCCAAGAAGGGCAACCAGCAGACGACGACGGAGAAGGUGUGCAAGUACUUCAUCUCGGCCAUCGAAGACGGCAAGUAUGGGUGGUUCUGGAUCUGCCCCAACGGCGGAGACAAGUGCAUGUACAAGCACGCCCUGCCGCCCGGGUUUGUUCUCAAGACCAAGGAACAAAGGGCGGCGGAGAAGGCACUCAUGGACAAGUCUCCUCUCAAGACUCUUACCCUGGAAGACUUCUUAGAAUCAGAGCGACACAAGCUGACGGGCACCCUCACCCCCGUUACGCCUGAAUCGUUCGCCAAGUGGAAGAAGGACCGUCUAGACAAGAAGGCCGCCGAGGACCAGGCUCGCGCCGCCAAGGAGAACACAGGUCGCGCGCUGUUCGAGAGCGGCAAGUGGCGCGAUGAGGAUGAGUCUGACUCCGACGACGAUGACGCCUGGAAUCUCGAGAAGUUGCGACAAGAGACGGAGGCUAUUCGUGUAAAGAAGGAGGAGGAUCGUCUGCUAUCUUCAUACCAGGGCGAGGCAUCGGGCUCGGCAACACCUGCUGAAGCAACGGCGCCGACACCCGAGGCUGGGCCUGCGGGGGCGUGA